GUAAGUUUCGAGAAACCAGUAGAACCAGUGAUACACAAUUAAUUUGUACCCAUUUAUUGUCAACAUGAAGAUCAUUCUCUGCUUAGCUCUAGUAGUUGUGUCUCAGGCUCUACCCAGCGCAGAAGUCUACCCUCUAUCCGAUGAGGUCAUCAACAAGAUCAACAGUAUGCAGUCCACUUGGACUGCUGGCAGGAACUUUCCUGUGAACACGACCGUGGACCAACUCCGAGCAUUAGCUGGUGCCUUUUUAAAACCAGUGCAGACGCUGCCUACCAAAAUGCACGAUGUGAGUCUAGAAGACACCAUUCCAGAGUCUUUCGAUGCUCGUGAGCAAUGGCUUGACUGUCCUUCUAUUAGAGAUAUCAGGGAUCAAGCGUCUUGCGGAUCUUGCUGGGCCUUUGCAGCCGUUUCAGCUAUGUCAGACAGAAUAUGUAUCCACUCCAAAGGUGAAAAGAAGGUGAAAGUCUCAGCAGAGGACUUAUUAUCUUGCUGUGAGGAUGGUAGAGAUGGCUGUUUUGGGGGAUUAUUAGACGCUGCUUGGAAUUACUGGGUAGAAAAUGGCAUCGUCAGCGGUGGGGAUUACGGAGGCACAGAAGGCUGCAGAGCCUAUUCUUUUGCACCUUGUAACCACCACAUCGAAGGUUCUGAAAAACCAGAUUGCGAAAUACCAUUCGAAGCACCAGCUUGCGUCAAACAGUGCGACUCUAGUAAACUUACUUACAAAGACGAGCUUACCUUCGGUAAGAAAGGCAGCAUUUACCUGAUUUCUUCUGAUGAGGCUCAACUCAAACUGGAAAUCAUGACAAAUGGGCCGGUAGAAGCCGCAAUCACAAUGUACUCUGACUUUUACACCUACAAAAGUGGUGUGUAUCAGCCGAUAGAUGGAUUUAUUACAGGAUUUCAUGCUGUCAAACUGAUAGGCUGGGGAGAGGAGAAUGGCACUCCUUACUGGCUAGGAGCUAACUCCUUUAGCACUGAGUGGGGCGAAGAUGGAUUUUUCAAGAUUAAUCGUGAAGACAAACGUACUCGAUUGUUUGAAGUUUACGCCGGAUUGCCCGAAUUUUUGUUUAUCAAAGGCGUAGGCACUCAGACAUCUAGACAUCACAUUAUAGAUAAAGGCACAAAAAAAUCAGUCAACAUGAAGAUCAUUCUCUGCUUAGCUCUUGUAGUUGCGACUUACGCUCUACCAAGCCCAAAUAUCUACCCCCUAUCCGAUGAGGUCAUCAACAGAAUCAACAGCAUACAGUCGACUUGGACUGCUGGCAGAAACUUUCCUGCCAACACGACCAUAGACCAACUCCGAGUAUUAGCUGGCGCCUUUAUAAGACCAGUGCAGACGCUGCCUACCAAAAUUCAUGACCUGAGUCUAGAAGAUACGAUCCCAGAGUAUUUCGAUGCCCGUGAACAAUGGCCUGACUGUCCUUCUAUUAGAGAUAUCAGGGAUCAAGCGUCUUGCGGGGCUUGCUGGGCGUUUGCUGCCGUUUCAGCUAUGUCAGACAGGAUCUGUAUCCACUCUAAAAGCGAAAAGAAAGUAAAAGUUUCAGCAGAGGACUUAUUAUCUUGCUGUGAAAAUUGUGGAUACGGCUGUGAUGGGGGAUACUUGGAACCUGCUUGGAAUUACUGGGUAGAAAAUGGCAUUGUCAGCGGUGGAGAAUACGGAGACACAGAAGGCUGCAGAGCGUAUUCUUUUGCACCUUGUAACCACUACGUCGAAGGUUCUGAAAAGCCAGAUUGUGAAACGGUAACCGAAACACCAGCUUGCGUCAAACAGUGUGACUCUAGUUCACUGAGUUACAAAAAUGAGCUUACCUUCGGUAAGAAAGACAGCGUUUAUACGAUUAUUUCUAAUGAGUCCCAAAUCAAACUAGAAAUUAUGACAAAUGGGCCGGUAGAAACCUCAAUCGCAAUGUACGCUGACUUUUACGCCUAUAAAAGUGGUGUAUAUCAGCCGACAGAGGGGAUUAUUUUAGGACAUCAUGCUAUCAAAAUAAUAGGCUGGGGUGAAGAAAAUGGCAAUCCUUACUGGCUAGGAGCUAAUUCCUUUAACACUGACUGGGGAGAAGAUGGAUUCUUCAAGAUGAAUCGUGAAGACAAACGUAUUCGAUUGAUUUCAGUUUAUGCUGGGCUGCCUGAAUUGUAAAUAGUUAGAAGUUACCUUCUAAUUAUAGCCCCUUGUAAUAAUAAUUGUAAUUAUAUAUUGUAAUAAUUGUAUAUUGUAAUUGUACGAUUAAAAGGAUCGACAAGUC